AUGUGCGACUUUAGCAAAUAUGGCAUCCCGAGCGACGAAUGGCUACGCCUGGCGUCAACACUCCCACCGAUGCCCGAUAUGAGCAUGGAGGAGAUGAAGAAAGCAACGAAUGCGACGAGAGAUGUAGCAGCAGAGAACUUGAUGAAUCAACUCCAACUCGCGAGCAAGGUAGCUAUUCAGGAUCACUCAAUACCCGCGAGAGAUGGCUAUCAGAUAGAGGCUCGCACAUAUCGAUCACUAGCUUCCUCGUCACCUGCAGACGGAAAACUACCCGUCUACAUGCAUUUUCACAGCGGUGGAUUUUUAUAUGGUUCUCUGCAAUCCGAAGAUCCACUUUGCUCUAUUGUGGCCCUUAGAUUAAACAUCCUUGUGUUGCACAUCAACUAUCGUCAUACACCAGAAUACACGUAUCCCACGGCAUGGAACGACGCUGAAGAUGGCAUGAUCUGGCUCUGCAAGAAUGCGUCCAAUAUCAAUGCCGACCUUGGCCGGAUCGUAAUCGGCGGGUCUUCAGCUGGCGCCCACUUAUCCGCAUCAUUGACGAGAAUACUGGCGACGCAACCAGCCCAAUUACAAUUAUCGCCGCAACCUACGAUCUGUGGACAGGUUUUGAUGAUUCCCUCGCUCGUAUUUGGUGAUUGUUACGAAUCCCAAAUGCGUCAGAUAAAGGAUCCGAGUCUAUCAUCGUACAAUCAAUGUGCCGAAGCGAGCUUUCUAGACACAAAGACUAGAAAGAUGUUUAAUGAUGCUUUGAAGGUUGAAAGUCCGGACCCUAACGAUAAAAGACUGAAUCCUGGGCAUUUGACAGCAGAGGAAGCAAGCAAAAUGCCACCGGCUACGUUUGCUAUUGCAGGUUACGACCCGGUUCGGGAUGAAGGGUUGUUGUAUGCGAAGUUGCUAACUGAACAAGGUGUUCCCACCGAUGUCCAUGUUUUCAAAGGCUUGCCACAUGGCUUUCGCAUGAUGGGAAACAAGUUAUCGGCGAGCGCGGAGUGGGAUAAAGUAUUACUUAAUGGCAUUCAAUGGGCAUUGAGUAAACCAAACAAGGCAGUCGAGUUUGUGAUCAAGGAACACUGA